AUGUCCCUUGAGCCAAUCCUCGUCGAAGAUUACAUUCCAUUCACGGCCUCGCACUUGUUCCCGUAUGUGCCACUCACGAACGCGCUCGGUCUGUUAGGCCGCAUCCUGGUGCUUCCAGUGUUCUGGAGACCGGAACUGUUUGCGCUAAGAUGUAGUGUGGUACCUCUGCUUAUCCCACUUCUCUUCAACGCCAUCAGCAUGGUUGUCUGGCGAGGUCAUGCACGCGAUAUCCCCAUUUACGGACGAAUAUGUCUUAUAAUUCCCUAUGUCUGUGGUGGUAUUCGACGUUCAAAUACUGUAGGAUGCUUUCGGCUGCCUACGGAUAUUUUCCGAGCCAUAUGGGGUUAUCUACCUACACGAUAA